AUGGCUGCAUCGGCACUGCUCAAAUCCCGGUGUCGACGGCCCAGUUACCUUAAUAAGCUCGCCAAGGCUGAAGACCUCAUCGACCUCUUCCCUCACAACUCGUAUAUCGGAUGGUCAGGAUUUACCGGCGUGGGAUAUCCAAAAAAAGUCCCCACGGCCCUGGCGGACCAUGUCGAGAAAAAUGGUCUCCAAGGAAAACUCAAGUAUAAUCUGUUCGUGGGGGCUUCGUCGGGGGCAGAAACUGAAAAUCGAUGGGCUCGUCUGAACAUGAUUGAACGGCGGGCCCCGCACCAGGUCGGCAAGGAGAUUGCAAAGGGUAUCAAUAACGGGAAUAUCAAGUUCUUCGAUAAACACCUUAGCAUGUUCCCCGUGGAUUUGAUGUAUGGCUUCUACACCAAGCACAAAGCCAACAAUAAACUGGAUGUGGCCAUCAUUGAAGCCUCGGCCAUCACCGAGGAUGGCGGGAUCAUUCCUGGAGCCAGCGUGGGAGCUUCUCCAGAAAUCAUUCAGAUGGCGGACAAGGUGAUCAUUGAGGUCAAUACUGCUGCUCCCAGCUUCGAAGGUCUCCAUGACAUCACCAUGACAGACUUACCUCCGAGACGAAAGCCGUACCUGAUCAUGGCACCGGAAGACCGUAUAGGCACACCACAUAUCCCUGUCGACCCCGAACGUGUGGUGGCCAUUGUCGAGUCCGACUAUCCUGAUCAGACAACCGAGAAUGCCCCCGAAGACGACACGUCUCGAGCGAUUGCCGAAAAUCUCAUCGAGUUCCUCCAACACGAAGUCGCCCACGGUAGACUACCCAAGAACCUCCUGCCCAUCCAAUCCGGUAUUGGAAACAUUGCCAAUGCCGUCAUUGGUGGUUUGGCCAAGGGAGGAGGCAAUUUCACAAACUUGAAGGUGUGGACGGAGGUGCUGCAGGAUUCGUUCCUCGAUCUCUUCGAUAGUGGGCACUUGGACUUCGCCACCGCCACUUCGAUUCGCUUCUCUCCUGGAGGAUUUCAGCGAUUUUAUGACGGGUGGGAGAAUUACCAUUCCAAGCUCCUUCUCCGAUCUCAACAAGUCUCCAACUCCCCGGAGAUCAUCCGACGCUUGGGUGUGAUUGGCAUGAACACUCCGGUGGAGGUCGAUAUAUAUGCGCACGCCAAUAGCACUUGCGUGAUGGGAUCCCGUAUGCUCAACGGUCUUGGCGGAUCCGCCGACUUCCUCCGUUCCGCCAAAUAUUCAAUCAUGCACACGCCUAGUACUCGGCACUCAAAGACAGAUCCUACCGGUAUUAGUUGUAUAGUGCCCAUGUGCACACACGUUGAUCAGACUGAGCAUGACUUGGACGUCGUCGUGACUGAGAUCGGUUUGGCAGACGUUCGAGGCAUGUCGCCCAAGGAAAGAGCCCGUGAAAUCAUCAAACAGUGUGCACAUCCCGAGUACAGACCGAUUCUCCAGGAAUACUUUGACAAGGCCGAGUAUGAGUGCUUGAAGAAGGGCAUGGGCCACGAGCCUCAUCUUCUCUUCCAAGCAUUCGAUAUGCAUAAGAACUUGGCUGAGAAUGGAACUAUGAAGAUCAGCGGUUGGAAAUAA